GUGGUGUAAGGGAACUGCCGUGCGCCCUCCCCGUUCUCCUGGCGCCUGGAGGAGCUGCUGUGGUGUCUCUGGCUGGUCACCGGCUGCUGAUGACGUAGUCUGCUGCCAUUGGCUGCGUGGUGCCGCGGUUCCCAUCGGUUCUUGAGGCCAGCCAGGUUGAUGGAUGUUCUGCUGUCCUGUGAUUGGCUGCUGUGACUUCAACCUGACCUGUGAUUGGCUGCUGUGACUUCAUCCUGACCUGUGAUUGGCUCUGACUUCAAGGAUUCAUCAAGUUAGAGUUAUCCAUGGAUUCCUCUGGGCAGCUCAGGCCAGAAGAUACCCAGUCAGUAGUGAGCAGGAUGCAGAAGAAGUACUGGAAAACUAAGCAGGUCUUCAUGAAAGCAGCAGGGAGAAAGGAGGAUGAGCACGUGGUGGCGUCUGACGCAGAGCUGGACGCGAAGCUGGAGGUUUUUCACUCCAUCCAGGAGACAUGCAAUGAACUUCUGAAGAUAGUUGAGAAGUAUCAGCUAAGACUCAAUGUUAUAUCAGAGGAAGAAAACGAACUAGGGCUCUUUUUAAAGUUCCAAGCACAACGGGACGCAACUCAAGCUGGCAGAAUGAUGGAUGCCGCCGGCAAGGCACUCUGCUCUUCAGCCAAGCAAAGAUUGACCUUGUGCACUCCCCUGUCUCGUCUUAAGCAAGAAGUAGCGACGUUCAGUCAGAGGGCCGUUUCUGACACCUUGAUGACCAUUAAUCGUAUGGAGCGGGCUCGCACAGAGUAUAGAGGAGCCCUGCUGUGGAUGAAGGAUGCAUCCCAGGAGCUUGACCCAGACACCUUCAAACAAAUGGAAAAGUUUAAAAAGGUACAGAUCCAAGUGAGAAAUAGCAAAGGUUCUUUUGACAAGUUGAAGAUGGAUGUCUGCCAGAAAGUGGACUUGCUUGGAGCUAGUCGCUGCAAUAUGCUAUCUCAGUCACUCACUACCUACCAGAGAACAUUGCUUGGGUUCUGGAAGAAAACAGCUCAAAUGAUGUCCCAAAUCCAGGAGGCCUGUGCUGGCUUUCAUCCGUAUGACUUCAUAGCUCUCAAGCAACUACAGGAUACGCCAGGCAAUCUCACUGCAGACUACAGUGAAGAAGCAGCAGAAGGCAGCUGUCUCACUGCCAACCUCAAUAAAGUAGCUUUGUCAGAAGAGGAAGAGAGAUUUGAGAGAGAACCAGCAGCUGCAAGACCUCUGCCGAGAGACUGGCUGGAAGGAGACGAUCUUGAAAAGGAAUUCUCAUUUCUGAACAGCUUCCUAAGCCCCACCUCUUCCAGUGCUGGUGAAUUUACACACGAGUGCCAGACGGCCUGCAGGAGCCCCAGCGCUGGCCUCGCCUCCCAGGAGCCUCCAGUGGGAUCCGGGCCUCUCUCCUACGCCUCCCAGUUCCUUCCCUCACAGCUCUUUGACCUUGGCCUUCAUGCUGGAGCGUUCAACAGCUGGGUCUCCCAAGAGGGAUCAGAACACUCAGAUAACCUGCCAGUGCCUUCACAGAGUCCAAAGAAAUUAAAAUCCCCCAACAAUGGUAACCAAGACAUGUCAGCCUGGUUCAAUCUAUUUGCAGACUUGGAUCCUCUGUCCAACCCAGAUGCCAUUGGACACUCAGACGAUGAGCUUCUCAACGCCUGACUGGGGUCACAUGUCACAGGUUCAGGGGUCUCAAGGCAUCAACUGUGCAACGCUUGCCUUUGUGGAGGAGUCACACUGUGAUCACACCCAGAAGUGUGUGUGCAAGACAGAUCACCUGCCUGCCAGCCUCAGUCAGAGGGCUUGGCGUCUGAGCAGCUAUGUACUUAUUAUGCUGAAUGUGCAAGCUGUUGAUAGUAUGUGGAAAUUUCUAGAAACUCCCCAGUCUGCAAUACUGAGAAACCAAACUUACGUCUAA